AUGGAUCAAUCUGUCACUCAUCUACUUUGCACGGAUGAGCAAUACAAGGCACGGAAGAAGAUCAAGAGAAAUCUAUAUCGAGUCUUUGCGGAUGUUUGUCCCUUCGAGUACCAGGUUGAGCUCUUCCGCAUCUUCACAGACAAUUUUGGCACGUGCGAGGAGAAAUACGUCCUCUAUACUGGAGGCAAGCCCGUUGGUAAAGGGCUGACAAGAGGAAAAACACUUGAAGAGUGCCUUGAGCUGAAUCGUCGACUACGACAGAUGCACCACGAUUUAUUUGGCGACACGCAAAUAAACAGCGACGAUAACCCUUCCACGAUGGAGGGCCCAAAGACUCAAGAUCCUGCUCAGGAGUGUGAGCACAAUAGCAACCACAACACCAGCGACGCGACAUAUGUGGGAAUCACGAAUCAAGACGCCGCCGAACAGGAGUUGCUUGAGCUGCUCAAAGACAAAGGCAUCGAAGAAGCUACUCAUAGCCCUUUCAGUCCGGUUGAGAAUUUCAGGAGCCUCAGUAUGCCCACUUUCGACGAGGUCGCUGCCGGGACGGACGCUGCUCAGGCGCAACUGAUUCAAGAGUCUAUCGACCAGGCCGCCAAAGACGCCAGGGGUGAAGAAGGCCAGUCGGUUUCUGAAAUAGUCAACAAAAAUGCCGGAGUCGACCCCGAGGGUCAUGCCUCUGGCAGAAAACGGGCUGCCUCUGACAAGAGCAAAGCAAUUGACGUGCUGCUCAAGGCUGCCAAUGCCAGCCAAGGAGUCCGGGAUAUCCUGAGCAAAACCGACUUUGCUCGUAUCAUCGGCGAACUUGAUGACUUACCCAUCGAACAGGUCAAGGCUCGUGACUUCUCUCAGGACCAGGAGCCGGUGAAAAGCCACACGAUUGUUGAGCCAGACUUUCUCGAGAUUCCUACCGAUGAAGUCGAGGAGAACCCUCUGAGCCGAGUAAAAUUGCAGCCCUGCGACAGAGCUAGAAUCAGAGAGGCUUUCGAGCACAUGACCUGGUCGCAGAAGCGCAAGAGAGACACCGACAAGGAAAUGGCUGCCUUUCGCACUCCCGAGAGUGCUGGCACCUUCAUGGGCGCAGGUGAGGUCAGGGUGGUCACCAAGCGGGUCAAAAAAGCCGCGAAACACAAGUCCGAGGCUCGUCAUAUCACAAAGGCGAUGCGAGAAACCGCAGGUGCUGAGAUUACGCAGGAGGGCACCUUGCGGCCUCUGAGCGAAGAGCAAGUCGCCCAUAUUUUCAGCCAGCCCAUCCCACAGCCUGGAGGCAAAAUCCCCAGCAGCAAGGCUAUCAGCAUGGGAUUGAGCCUGGAUGACGUGUCGGGUAUGGUUGAUGAGAUGUUUGGCGUCAGCAAGUUCGACGACGGCACCGACCUCAUGACUGAAAUGCACGGCGAGCGCCCUUGGCCUGCUGGCCAUGACCCUGCCAGCCCCGAGGAUGACCCUGCCCACACGAACGAACCCGUCGAGGACUUUGACACUCGAGCCCCGAGCUUCGCGGUUAUGUCCGCCAGAACUGCGGCUCGUGGCAGCAGCGGAAUCGAAGUGCACUGCUUUAUGGACCGAAAGGCCGGCGAACACCGCAGUGGCAUCAGCAUGGCUCUUUCGAACAAUGAGUCCUCGGCAGAGGACGACUACGUGCUCUCCCAGGGACCGAACACUGCCAUGCAGACACACAUCUCUCCUGCCGACGAAGCCAGCAGCCUGCAUCAGUAUUGGCAGAGCGCGCCCCGGACCGAAGCGUGCUUUGCACCGUUCGCUGAAGAGGAGUCGAUGUUUCAAUCAUCAAAUCUGUACCCCGAUGUCUCGGCCCACUUCAAGCCGAAGACGAACUGA